AUGCUGGUGAAACAACACGCAAAAAAACCAUCGCUACCAAUUUUCUUGUUCGUCGCUUUUUCAACCAUCAUCGGCAUUACACUGCUGCUUCUCACCCUUUUCUUCUCCGACACCUCAUUAAAACUAACCCGUGUACCGUACGCGGCAGAUGAAAAAAUCCUUCUCCUAUUCUGGUCCAAGUUAUGGGGUUUCCCGGCGAAAAAGAGCGAAGGAUUUCUUGAAAAAGGCAUUGGCAAAGAUCAGUGUCCAGUUGCGUGCGAGGUAACAUCUAAUCGUGAUCGAAUCAAACAAGCUCACGCGUUUAUCGUCCACGCUCGGGAUCCGUAUCCUUUACCACCAAACAAAGAUAUCCCUUGGCUUUUAACCACUUUAGAGAAUCCAGUUUAUACUCCUCUUUUAAAAAGACCGGAGUAUAUGUCGCAAUUUCAUUUACUACGAAGUUACAGAUUAGAUUCCGACUUCCCUACUCCUCUGUUCAAGAAACCAAAUUUAGAUCCUCCUGUACCAUUUAAAGACAAAACCGGUACGAUUAUGGCCGCAUUUAUUAACGACGAACCGGUGAGGACCGAGUACCUCAGACAAUUAAUGAGAUAUAUCCCGGUAGAUUCUUACGGUAGAUUCUUGCACAAUAAGGCAGGACUCAUCCAAAGUUAUGAAUCCAAUUUUAAAAAUAUGAAAUCGAAGUUACAAAAGACAUACAAAUUUGCUAUAACAUUUUUCAACCAAGACUGCGACUACUUUGUCGAUGAUCAAAUUCUACAUGCGCUGUACGCUGGCUCUGUGCCAAUCGUCAUGAGCACAGACAAGAAUUAUGAGUUUUUACCAGGAAAUCUUAAAAACGCUAUCAUUAACGUAAGGGAUUUCAAAAAUCCCCGAGAACUAGCCGAGCGUUUAAAGUUUUUGAUGAAUAACAAAACGGAAUAUAAUAAGCAUUUAGAAUGGAAGCGAAAAG